AUGGGUAUAUUCUCUUCGACACGGGUGCCACCACCCGAGGUGCCCACCGAUACUGUUAUCCCUCUCCGGGAAAUGGACAGCUUGCCUUUGUCGGUUGGGAUAUGCAACGAGUUUUCAUUCUAUUUCGAAGAUGCCCUAGAUGUCCGCAAGCUGCAAGGUGCUCUCGACAGACUAGUGAACAAGGAUAAAUGGCGGAAGAUGGGGGCAAGACUGAGACGCAACAAAGAUGGGAAUCUCGAGUAUCAUAUACCGCAAGAGUACAGCGAAAAGCGUCCCGGCGUUCUGUACAGCCAGCAAACCUUUGAAACAUCCAUCGUCGAUCAUCCAGUGCUGUCCGAGAUACCCAAAGGUAAUGGCGAAAGGCCGGUCUUGAUGCAACCUUCCUGGCACUUCCGGCCUUAUAUGCGCGGGCCCAACAGUCCACGAAGCCUGGAGGACUGGCUGUACACCGACAUCCCACAGCUCGCCAUUCACUUUGUCAUCUUCAAGGACGCCACAAUCUUUACGCUCACGUACCUGCACAGCUUCAUGGACGGUUCGGGGUUGGGGACUCUGACCCAGGCCUGGACCGCCGUGCUCCGAGGCGAGGAUGACUCACUACCUCCCUUCAUCGGGUACGAGCACGCGGACGACCCUCUAGCGGCUCUUCGGCAGCAGCGGCCCGGGUCCGACUACGUGCUCGCGCAAAAGGCCCUCAAGGGUUGGGGGUUUUUUAUAUUUGUCGUGCGGCAGAUGCUGGAGCGCCUCUGGUGGCCCCGGGAAGAGGCUCGGGUCGUGUGCAUCCCAUCGUCAUACGUCAAGCGGCUGGCGGGGGUGGCGCGGGCGGAGCUGGACGCUGAUCACCGCGCCCAGGACGGCGCUGAAAGUGGCCCCCAGCCCUUUGUGAGCGAGAGCGAUGUGCUGCUUGCGUGGUGGGUCAUGACCGCCGUGCGCGCGCUAGAGCCGGCGCGGGGCCGCACCGUCGCGCUCAUCAACGCCUUCGACUCCCGCGCGCUGUUGGCCGAGAUGGGGCUCCUCCCGCGUCCCGAUGCCGCCUUCCUCGGCAACGCUGCCUACGGGUGCGUGACGCUGUCGCCAGCCCGCAACUACCUCCGGGAUACCACCGACGGCCCGCUUGCCCCGCUCGCCGCAAGCAUCCGCCGGGAUCUUCUCACUCAGCGUACCGUCGAGCAGCUGCAGGCGCAGUCUGCGGCGCUCCAUGAGAGCUUGGCCUCGGCGGGCCGGGCUCCGUUGUAUGGUUCCUCGGAUAUGAUGUUCUUUGCCUACUCCAACUUCAACACGUUCAAGCUCUACGAGGCCGACUUUUCCCACGCCCUCCUGGCGACGGAAGCCGAGGGGGCACACAAAGUUUACUCGGGGGCUCACCGUAGGGGAACGCCGACGUGGAUCGGCAGCACGUCGACCGAGGCCGGGUUCUCGCCACGGAACACGGGCGUAUUUAUGGGGAAGGACAAGGCUGGAUACUGGUGGCUGUUUGCUUGCCUGCGGAAGGGCGCCUGGAAGAAAAUAGAGGAACAGUUCAAGGCGUGUCCCUGA